CAGUAUGCAUACUUUUGGAGAACACAUGGAUCAUCUCCGGUCUUUAUGUCGCUUUUGUGGCAGCAAGAUGUCGGCAAAAUCUGCCAAGCCUAAGGACUGUAGCACUUACAGGGACUCUAUCUGGACAGUUUACGCCGUUAACAUUCAGGAUGACGUCCCCAGCCAGCAUCCAAGCAAGAUGUGUCAGAGGUGUUACAGGACAAUGCUCGGUUAUUUGAAAAAAGAUGUCAAUGAUGGCAUGCCUGCAAAGAGAGCUAGAGAAAUCUCUUGGGAGCCCUACAACAGUGAGUGUAACCAAUGUAGUACAUGUAGAAUGUCUCAGAAAAAAGGGAUAGGGGGUCGCAGAAAGAAACCAGAUUUUUCACACAAUGAAACAUUUUUAUUUUACAACUUAAGCCAGGAUAAUAUAUUUAGUUCUCUUUAUGAUAACAGCACUGUCAGCUUUUUACCCAAGAUGAACAAACAAGAAAAAUGUCAUUUUAGUCUGCAGAGCAUGCCAUCAUCUCAUAAAGAGAAGUUUGAAUGUAGAUUAUGUUCGUCCUUUUUGACACACCAUGUUGUCAAAACUAAGUGUAAUCACUAUUUUUGUGCUGUGUGUCUUUCGACUAUUUUUAAAAUGUCUGUUUCAAAUUCAGUGCCAUGUCCUACCUGUGGUAUGAAAAAUAAUUUUUCAGAAAUUGAAUCUGCCGAGUCUGUUUUGAUUGAACAGCUCCGUAAUUUAAGAAUGAUGUGCAAUCUGUGUCUACAUUCGGUAACAUAUAAAGAGUACGUAUCCCAUUCUUGCUGUCUAGGGGAGUCUGCUUCCUCCUCCCAAGUUAAUUCUAAUAUAAUAUCAGAGUCAGAUGACUCUUCUUUUCUUUCAAGUUCAACAGCUCCUGAUUGUGAUUUUCUGUUAACUAGUACCUCUGUGAAGAAGUCAUAUGUGGACGCACGUAUUUCUCCUUUCAAGGUCAGUCCAUCUGCUUCGGUCGAAUCUGUAGUAUCACCAUUAUAUGUAGACGCAAGUACAUCACCAUCAUAUGUAGACGCAAGUACAUCACCCUUAUAUGUAGACGCAAGUACAUCACCCUUAUAUGUAGACGCAAGUACAUCACCCUUAUAUGUAGACGCAAGUACAUCACCAAUAUAUGUAGACGCAAGUACAUCACCAUCAUAUGUAGACGCAAGUACAUCACCCUUAUAUGUAGACGCAAGUACAUCACCCUUAUAUGUAGACGCAAGUACAUCACCCUUAUAUGUAGACGCAAGUACAUCACCCUUAUAUGUAGACGCAAGUACAUCACCCUUAAAAAGCGACGCAUCAGUUUUGCUUGAAUCUAUGACAGAACGUAAUUUACUGAAGAAAUCUUUACUUGAACCACUAAACAGUAGUGAGCAGGCCAUUUACACACGUCUUACAAAGCGUAAAAUUAAUACAGAGGAUAGUGAUAUGUUAGUUUGCCGGACAAGAGGACAACCGUUGUGCUUCACACGCUUUGUAAAGCCUCGCAGAAAAUCACCACCUGCUACACCGCAAAGAUCAAAUAAAUUAGCAAAAUAGAAGUAGGACCUUACUUUCAGAGGAUAAAGAUUCAGGUGAAAUACAACACAUGACAGGAGACAGUAGGUCAUAGAGUAGCAAACUUGUCAAGUGUCUGUGGUACUUCUUUCAAAACACACACACAAAUCUUCCAUGGACUCAGUACAGAACAGUAGAAAACAUUCUCAAAGAGAAAUUAACGUUCCGGUCGGAACACAAAGAGAGGUGUCAACUUAAUAAGUAUUUGGAUAGUUCCUUUCAAAUUACUAAAGUUGAUUUAUUCAAAGUGGUCGAAGAUUCAAAUGUGAAAGUACCCAGCUCAUUAGUCACUAUUUGUAGUUUAUCAUCUCUAUUCUAUAAACUUUGGUUGGCUGCAAGGAACAGGGCCGACUGACAUUAUGAUGGCUACCUUUCAAGUGAGGAAAUUUGGAUAAAACUGGGUGGGGGGGUCAUGGUGGGGGCUCGUUUAACAAUGUCAUUACAGGUGUUGAAUCUUGAGAAUCCAAACUCAAAGCUUAACAGUUUACUCUUUGGUAUGUUUGAAGAAAAAGACUACCGGGAAAACAUUGAAAUUGCUUUUGAUGCUUCCUUUCGUGAUCAGAUUGAUUCAUUACAGCAUAUCAUCUGGGAUGGCAAGGAAGUUUAGAUUUUUGUUUUUGGAGACUAUGAUUUUCUGGCUAAACUGUGCGGGAAAUCUGGGGCAAAGGGAAAGUUUCCAUGUUUGUGGUGCCUUCAUCAGUCUGGUCAGUUGUCAUGUGGAGGAGCACCAAUGGUUAGAGAAAGUGAUGAGAGAAUAUUAACUUCGUUACUUAGGGAUUUCUCAGCUGACCAAAAAGAGGGAUCUUGUCAAACAAAUGCCAUUUCACAAUGUAGUCAACGAACCCAUAACAAACAUUCUAUUAUCUAAAGUGUGUGGAUCCUAUCUCCAUAAUAUUGCUAGGUACAGUUAAAAAGCAACAUGAGAUUAUCGGAUCAGGGUGCCGUGAUUUGGAUAUGAAGGAUUUAGCCAGAAAUAAGGAAACUAUUUGCCGCCAGUUCAGAAUAUUUCAGGCCUUCCACAGGAAAUCAUUCUUUGGGAACCAUUGCCAUAAUUAUCUAAAACGUAAUUUGUAUCCGCCUUAAUGAGUAAAGAAUGUGAUGAGAGUGUCUUCUCAAUAUACAGACAACGAUGCUAUCUCGAUGAAAGCUACUUCUAUUUGUCAUACUUUUUGUAACUUAUUUUCUCUAUUUUCUAACGUACACAUGCAUCUGUGUCUAAUGGGUUUGUGGUGAGCGAGGAUGUCAUUGAAAAAAGCGAGCAAGUCAGUUAAAAGUUAUAAUAUAUGCAGUUCUUCAAAGAGGCGUUUUGUUAAGCCCCACUCACGCCUAAAAUGCACACUUGGUUAACCGGCUGAGUGUCAUGUUGCACAUGGAUGUCAAAACACAGAUUUGGAAUGGCGAGACGGGAACAGGGGAGGGGGGGGGUGUAAGUCUCUUCAUGCUACAAUGAAUUUGCUGAAGAGAAGAACAUUAGCAAUUAAACCAGACAGCAGACGACUUGCUCUUCUGAUGAAAGAGCAACACAUUCUGCCCUUCCCGAUGUUUCCAUAGAUCUACUGUAUGUCCUGCAAACAAAAAUAAGAAAUAGGAUUGGCUAUUCCCCAAUUUCAACCUAGCUAUGCUACACCUGAGUCUGCUGGGUGACACUUCUUUAUUUACAGUUCUCCUAUACCA